AUGUGCAUAGGUCCUCUCAAGGGUGAAGUUGCCCUGUCCUUUAAGGUGGAAGGCAAGCCCGUGACCAUGACAGCUGUUAUUCCAUCACCAUCAUCGGCAGUGGAGACAGGAUUUCCGUCCUCCCAACGCCUCUUGCAUCGCUACACAGCAAGCCUUCAGAUCACUGAGCUACUUGACCGAUACAGUGCCACGGGGAGUGAUGAGGAUCGAGCCAGCAUAGUGGACUUACCAUCAAAGUGCUCACCUAUCCUUGUAGACAGAAGCCUCAGUCUACGACCGCCCUUCGAUACGGUUGUUGAAGAACCCGAAUCCGACAUCAUUCUCAAAAUAGCUGAACUCCAGCUCUUCUCUGGAGCUUGGACUCGGAGCCCUGAACUGACUAAAGCUCUCUCUCUACCCUCGGCAAAGAUGGACAGCGUACCAACUCAGUUUAUCGGUUUCCACGAAGACAUUUGGACGACAGCCCUAGUUUUGGCAUUUCUACGCCUGAAAACUAUUAAACAGCAGACAGAAUGGCAACUCCUGGCCAAGAAGGCACAUGAUUGGCUUCGCAAAGUCAUGGAUGAGGCGACAGCCAAUCAAGCGAUCGAGGUUGCGUGUCAAACCAUUGGUGGGACAACCUAA